UGCCAUUGAUACUGUGAUCAGAAGUCAGACAAUAACAACAGACCCAAAGAGCAAAGCUCAACAGAUCCCACCUGCUCAUGCAACAGUGGCAACCCGGUGCCACUGCUUCUCUCCCUCUCGUCUUCUCUCUGCCUCUGUCAUCAUGAUGUCUAUGAACAGCAAGCAGCCUUUCAGCAUGCAUCCGAUCCUGCAUGAGCCGAAAUAUACCCACCUGCACACCAGCUCAGAGGCCAUCCGGAGAGCCUGCCUGCCAGCCCCUCAGAUCCAAGGCAAUAUCUUUGCGGGCUUCGAUGAGACUUUGCUGAGAGGGGCUGAAGCCCUGGCGGCCGUGGAUAUAGUAUCGCAGAAAACCCAUCCUUUCAAGCCAGACGCCACUUACCACACCAUGAGCAGCGUCUCAUGCACUCCUACCUCCUCCUCCGUUCACCUGCACCACCCUUCGGUCCUGACCACCCACCAUCCUCACCAUCACCACCACCAGCCCUCGCAGGGCUUGGAAGGGGAGCUCCUGGACCACCUCAACUCUGCCAUCCCUCUCGGGGGUGUCCCUGGACCUGAUGUGGGCUCCACGCCCUCCCACCCGCAUUCCCACAUGUCCGCCAUCAACCACAUGGCCCACCACUCCCAGUCUAUGAACAUGGCUCACCCGCACGGGCUGGCCUCCCACGCUGUCAUCUCAGGCCCCGAGACAGAGACGGACCCCAGGGAACUGGAGUCCUUUGCAGAGCGGUUCAAGCAGAGGAGGAUCAAACUGGGGGUGACCCAGGCGGACGUGGGCUCCGCCUUGGCCAACCUGAAGAUCCCGGGCGUGGGCUGCCUGAGCCAAAGCACCAUCUGCCGGUUCGAGUCCCUCACCCUGUCCCAUAACAACAUGGUGGCCCUGAAGCCCAUCCUGGAGGCUUGGCUGGAGGAGGCGGAGCGGGCGCAGAGGGAGAAAAUGACCAAGCCUGAGAUCUACACGGGCGGGGACAAGAAGCGCAAGCGCACCUCCAUCGCCGCCCCGGAGAAGAGGUCGCUGGAAGCCUAUUUCGCGGUGCAGCCCAGACCCUCCUCCGAGAAAAUCGCAGCCAUCGCAGAGAAGUUAGACUUGAAGAAGAACGUGGUGCGGGUCUGGUUUUGCAAUCAAAGACAGAAGCAGAAACGGAUGAAAUUUUCUGCCACCUACUGAGAAGGGGCGGGAGAGGAGAGAAGAGCAAGCGGCAUCACCUCCAGCCAGACCUCCCGCCGCCCUUUCCCCGCUCCCGCAGCAGCACCAGGCAGGUCACGUUUUCCUGUAGUUUACUUCUAAAAAAAAAAAAGGGGGGGGGGGGGGGGGACCACCAAGAACUGAUAAGCUCUCCCUCUUUUCGAGCCCGCGAUUGUCUUUGCGAAGAAAGGAACUGACCAUGCUACCAUGGCUAAUAAAGACUUCGCUUUUUAAAGAAAAAAAAAAGAGCAAACAGCAACACACAGGAGGAACUUAGACAACUGUACAAUAGUCCUGGUGAGUGAAAAAAGUCAGGUCUCGAGCCUUUGUUUGAGAGAAGACUUUGACCCCCCCCCAUUAAUCCCUCUUCCACUGACUAUUACAAAAUGUAAGAGGAGACAAAAAAUCAAUGAAACUUGAAAAAAGAUACAUGUUUAUUCCUCUCGGUUUCAUAUCCACAGUUUCUUCCUCUCGUUUUCUUUUUUCUUUUUCCAUUUACGAGUGUAAAUAUGUUCUGGGGAUGGCACUGCACAGAGUUGGAAAGUUCUGUUCCGUGGGGUUUCUUUGCUGUACAGCACGUCAUUCAUGUCAGACUCUCUUUAUUUAAACAAGCAUUCACUUGAAGGGCUUCCCCCACCACACACACACCACA